UGGACUAUUAUUUUCGAUUUUUUAUUUUAACUCUGGACAAUGUAAUGUUAAAGCGUUUGCUGUCAAGAUUCAUCGGGAGAAUGAAAAUAAAUCAACACAUAUGGAGCCUCGGAUCGUGAGAGGUGCUCCAGUCGAUAUCGAACGGUACCCCUGGUCGGCACUAGUGUUCAACUCUGGCGCUCUUUGCGCCGGUACUAUUUUAAAUAUCUUCAGCAUUUUAUCUGCAGCGCACUGUUUCAGUCAUAACAAUAAAACUAGUGACAUAUCGGUACAUGUUGGUUCCAGAUUUCUAUAUGAUCACAAUGCUUUAGUCUAUUCAGUGAAUCGCAUCGAUAGUCACGAGGAAUAUAACAAAGAAACUCCUUUUUCCUGUGACAUUGCACUUAUUUUCGUCAACAAUCCUAUCGACUUUAGUAAAAGAGCACAGAAAGCUGAUUUGAUCGAUAAUGAUCGUUGGAUGAACAAAAAUGAACACGGUUUCACUGUCACUGGUUGGGGAGUGAUCAAGCACAAUGGUCCGCUGUCGGAGCACGGCCUGCUAAUGGCGACGCUAAAUUAUAUACCUUCGGCAGAAUGUAGCGUAAUGCAUAAUUUAAAACUGACUGCCGAUAUGUUCUGUCUAUACGGCCACGCACAUAUGGACUCGUGCAGCGGUGAUUCUGGUGGAGGAGUACUUUGGAAUGGAUACGUAGUAGGAAUAGUAUCACACGGCGAUGGUUGCUCUAAUAAAGAUAAACCAAGCGUAUAUACCAACGUUUGGUUCUUCAGAAAAUGGAUAACCGAAAAAAUUAUAGCAUACUUACAAUAUUUCAAUAGUAAACAUACUAAUAUUGACAAAGUUAAGGCAGAUAUAUGUCAAUCUAUACAUUGCUACAAGAAUUAUUCAACUCUGUCACCAAAAAACAAUAACAGAUUGAUCAAUUUUGCACCUUAUUUACAUCAAUUUGACAAAAAUGAAAAAAAACGCUACACUUUUGAAUUAAUCGUAAGAAAAACUCAGCUGAGUGAACCACACUGCCGCUGCGAGCUGCCCGCCCUUCGCUCAGUCGCCCUCGGUCGGCCGCCCGUAGCGCCGCGCGCGGCUGCCCCGCGCACUAAACAUAACCUCACGGCCCACUGA